AUGAGACUCUGGGGAAGCUUGUCACUCCCGGCGCUGGUCUCUGCAGCCGGCAUCAUCGCCCGUGAGGACACCAGCAACAACGCGCUCGAAAAGUGUCCCGGCUACACUGCCUCCAAUGUUCAGACAACAGACUCGGGCCUGACGGCUGAGCUGACCCUCGCUGGCACAGCCUGCAACGUCUACGGCGAGGAUCUCAAGGAUCUCAUUCUCCAAGUGACCUAUGAGACUGACAACCGUCUCCACGUCAAGAUUCAGGACGCCGGCAACCAAGUCUACCAGGUCCCCGAGUCCGUCUUUGCGCGAUCCUCGGCCAAGACGACUGCGUCAGCGAGUCACCUGCAAUUCGCACACACAGCGUCGCCCUUUUCCUUCAAAGUCACCCGGCGCGAUACGGGUGAGGUACUCUUCGACACCUCAGCCGCCUCGCUCGUCUUUGAAAGCCAGUACCUGCGUCUGCGCACCGCCUUGCCCAGUGAUCCUUACCUGUACGGCCUCGGCGAGCACUCGGAUCCGUUCCGCCUCAACACCACGGCCUACAUCCGCACGCUCUGGAACCAGGACAGCUUCGGCAUCCCCAACGGUGCCAACCUCUACGGCGCACAUCCGUUUUACCUUGAGCAGCGGGCUACCGGCGCGCACGGCGUGCUAUUCCUUAACUCCAACGGCAUGGACAUCAUGAUCGACCAGGACACCGCCAAUUCGGGCCGGCAAUACCUCGAAUACAACACCCUCGGCGGCGUCUUGGACUUUUACUUCUUCGCUGGCCCGAGCCCGGUCGAGGUCUCGCGCCAGUACGGCGCGCUGGCCGGCACGCCCGCGAUGCAGCCGUACUGGGGCCUCGGCUUCCACAACUGCCGCUACGGGUACCAGGAUGCUUUUGACGUGGCCGAGGUGGUGUACAACUACAGCGCCGCCGGCAUACCGCUCGAGACCAUGUGGACCGACAUUGACUACAUGGACCGGCGCCGCGUCUUCUCCCUCGAUCCGGAGCGGUACCCGCUCGAGACCAUGCGGGCGUUCGUCUCACACCUGCACGAGCGCGAUCAGCACUACGUCGUCAUGGUCGACCCGGCCGUCGCCUACCAGGACUACCCACCGCUGCACCGCGGCAUUGAGCAAAACGCCUUCCUGCUGCGCGCCAACGGGUCCGCUUGGGUCGGCGUCGUCUGGCCCGGCGUGACCGUCUUCCCAGACUGGUUCGCCGAGACAGCCGACACGUACUGGACCAACGAGUUCAAGCUCUUCUUCGACCGUGACGCCGGCCUCGACAUUGAUGCCCUCUGGAUCGACAUGAACGAGCCGAGCAACUUCCCUUGCAACUUCCCCUGCGACGACCCCUACGCCGCUGCCAAGGGCUACCCGCCCCCUGCGCCACCCGUCCGCGCGCCGCCGCGCUCGCUCCCCGGCUGGCCAUGCCAGUUCCAGGCCGGCGGCUGCACCGGCAAGCGCAGCAUCGAUGCCGCAACCGCCGCCAUCCCCGUCGAAGCCACCAACCCGAAUGUACCACCCGCCGUCGAUACCGGCUCCCUCAUCCUUCCAGCCCGCGCCGCCGCUGCCGCUGGUGACCAAAAGGGCCUCCCGGACCGGGACCUACUGUACCCCAAGUACGCCAUCCACAACAAGGCGGCGUACCAGGACGACUGGAACGCUGCGCACGGCGGCAUCUCCAACCACACCAUCAACACGGACGUGAUGCACCAGAACGGGCUCGCCAUGUACGACACACACAACAUGUACGGCUCCCUUAUGUCCAUCGCCUCGCGCGAGGCCAUGCUCGCGCGCCGCCCGGGCCUGCGCCCGCUCAUCAUCACCCGCAGCACCUUUGCCGGCGCCGGCGCCAAGGUUGGCCACUGGCUCGGCGACAACCUGUCGACGUGGCAAAAAUACCGCGAGUCGAUCCGCGGCCUGCUCGCCUUCUCCGCGCUCUUCCAGUUCGGCAUGGUCGGCUCCGACGUCUGCGGCUUCGCCGGCAACACCACCGAGGAGCUCUGCGCGCGCUGGGCUGCGCUCGGCGCCUUCUCGAGCUUCUACCGCAACCACAACGAGUACGGUGCCGCCGGGCAGGAAUUCUACCGCUGGCCGAGCGUGGCCACCGCGGCCCGCAAGGCCAUCGACAUCCGCUACCGCCUGAUGGACUACUUCUACACCGCCAUGCGCCGCGCCAGCGUCGACGGCACGCCGAGCAUCGCGCCCGUCUUCUUCCACUACCCGGACGACCGUGCCGCCUGGCCGCUCGACCUGCAGUACUUUUACGGCCCGGGCGUCAUGGUCGCGCCCGUCGUCGACGAGGGCGCCACCGCCGUCUCCGUGCACCUCCCGCGCGACCGCUUCUACGACUGGUACACCCACAAGCUCGUCCGCGGCGACGGCCGCACCCCGCACACCUUCUCCGCCGUCGACGUCACCACCAUUCCGCUGCUCAUCCGUGCCGGCGUGGUCAUCCCGCUGCGCGCGCGCUCCGCAAACACCACGACGGAGCUGCGCCGCCAGGACUUUGAGCUGCUGGUGCCGCUCGACGAGCGCGGCGCCGCCGCGGGGGAGCUGUACAUGGACGACGGCGUGUCGGUGGAGCAGGCGGCGGGGGCCGUCACGGACGUCACGUUCGCGUACGAGGGGGGCGUGCUGCGCGUGAACGGCACGUUCGCGACGGUCGGGGAGCAGCUGCCGCGCAUCACAAAGGUGACGGUGCUCGGGGAGGACUGCAAAACGAGGAGGGCGGCGGCGGCGAGGGGGUCUUCUUCGGAGGAGGGCAAGGGGAGCCGCUCGACCAAGGUGGACAUUUCGCUCACCGAGGCCAGCAGCACCAAGAUUUGA